AUGGAAUUCGGGUGUUUUGUGCAAAUAGACCUUCCGGGCAGCCACGAAAAAAAGGAGGGGUUGGUGCACGUGUCGCAGAUCGCGUCGCGGCGAAUCAACAGCGCAAAGGACGCGGUGGAGAGGGAUCAAGAGGUGUGGGUGAAGGUGAUCAGCAUGUCCGGGCCGAAACUCUCUCUCAGCAUCCGUGACGUGGACCAGAAAACGGGCAAGGACCUUCUCCCCAUGAAAAAAAAACCUUCCGCGGAGGGGGACGGGGAGGGCGACGACCGCAGCAACCCGGCCGGCCCGGGCACUCGCGGAUUAUCCGGGAUCCGCAUCGUCGAAGAGGAUAACGCCACGGGGCGGCGUCCUGGCCGUCGGAUGUCGUCCCCCGAGCGAUGGGAGGCGCAGCAGUUAGUAGCCUCGGGGGUUCUAGACGUGACGGAUUACCCUCAGUACGACGAUGAAGGCGGGGGGUUGUUGUAUCAGGACGAGGGCGAGGAGCAGGAGGUGGAGAUUGAGAUGAACGAGGACGAGCCGGCGUUCCUGCGCGGGCAGACGCGAGCGAGUAUUGACGUGUCGCCGGUUAAGAUCGUUAAGAAUCCUGAUGGAUCGCUGCAGCGCGCCGCCAUGACGCAAUCCGCGCUCGCCAAGGAGCGCCGCGAGCUGCGCGAGCAGCAGCAGCGCAGCAUGCUGGACAGCAUCCCGAAAGAUCUGAACCGUCCGUGGGAGGAUCCGAUGCCGGAGUCUGGGGAGAGGCAUCUGGCGCAGGAGCUGCGGGGAGUGGGUCUUGCCGCGUAUGACAUGCCCGACUGGAAAAAAGACGCGUUUGGCAAGGCGCCCACGUUCGGGCAGCGGUCGAAACUUUCGAUGCAGGAGCAGCGGCAGAGCCUGCCAAUCUACAAGCUGAAAAACGAGCUGAUUCAGGCUGUGAACGAGAACCAGGUGCUGGUGGUGAUUGGCGAGACAGGCUCCGGGAAAACCACACAGAUGACUCAGUAUUUGGCCGAGGCGGGGUAUACGAGCAAGGGGAGAAUUGGUUGCACGCAGCCGCGGCGAGUGGCGGCUAUGUCCGUUGCUAAGCGUGUAGCAGAGGAGUUUGGGUGCCGUCUCGGCGAGGAGGUGGGGUAUGCGAUCCGGUUUGAGGACUGCACGAGUCCUGAGACGGUGAUUAAGUACAUGACUGAUGGUAUGCUUUUGAGGGAGAUUCUGGUGGAUGAGGAUUUAAGUUCUUAUUCGGUGAUCAUGCUGGAUGAGGCGCACGAGAGGACGAUUCAUACCGAUGUGCUGUUCGGGCUGCUGAAAGAUUUGCUGGUCAAGAGGAAGGAUCUGCGGCUGAUUGUUACGUCGGCGACCCUGGACGCGGAAAAGUUUUCGAAUUACUUUUUCCAGUGCCCGAUUUUUACGAUUCCGGGCAGGACUUUUCCGGUGGAGGUUUUGUACACCAAGGCGCCUGAGACGGAUUAUUUGGAUGCUGCCCUGAUUACGGUGAUGCAGAUUCACCUGACCGAACCUGAGGGCGACGUUCUUUUGUUUCUGACCGGGCAGGAGGAGAUCGACACGUCGUGCCAGAUUCUGUACGAGCGAAUCAAAGGGCUCGGGCCGUCGGUCCCGGAACUUAUCAUCCUGCCCGUGUACAGUUCCCUGCCCAGCGAAAUGCAGACGAGAAUUUUCGACCCUGCCCCGCCGGGCACCCGGAAAGUCGUCGUGGCCACUAACAUCGCAGAAGCAUCCCUCACCAUUGAUGGAAUUUACUACGUGGUUGACCCGGGCUUUGCAAAGCAAAAAGUCUACAACCCGAAGCUGGGUCUCGACUCGCUCGUCAUCACGCCCAUCUCCCAAGCCUCGGCGCGGCAGAGGGCCGGCCGAGCCGGGCGCACAGGUCCGGGGAAGUGCUACCGGCUGUACACGGAAAGCGCGUACCGAAACGAAAUGCUGCCCACCACAGUGCCCGAAAUCCAGCGCACCAACCUGGGCAUGACAACCCUAACACUUAAAGCCAUGGGAAUCAACGACCUGCUGGCGUUUGACUUCAUGGACCCACCGCCGCCCCAGGCUUUAAUCUCCGCCAUGGAGCAGUUGUAUAAUCUCGGAGCGCUGGACGAGGAGGGGCUGUUGACAAAACUCGGGCGAAAAAUGGCUGAGUUUCCGCUCGAGCCGCCGCUGUCGAAAACGCUGAUCGCGAGCGUGGAUCUGGGUUGUUCCGAGGAGAUUCUGACGAUUAUCGCGAUGCUUCAGGCGCAGAAUAUCUUUUAUCGGCCGCGGGAGAAGCAGGCGCAGGCGGAUCAGAAGAAAGCCAAGUUCUUUCAGCCCGAGGGGGACCAUCUGACGCUGCUGGCCGUGUACGAGGCGUGGAAAGCCAAGAGCUUUUCAGGGCCGUGGUGUUAUGAGAACUUUGUGCAGAGCCGGUCGUUGAGGCGCGCUCAGGACGUGCGGAAGCAGCUUCUCACCAUCAUGGACCGGCAGCAGAAGCAGGCGCAGGCGGAUCAGAAGAAGGCCAAGUUCUUUCAGCCCGAGGGGGACCAUCUGACGCUGCUGGCGGUGUACGAGGCGUGGAAGGCCAAGAGCUUCUCGGGGCCCUGGUGCUACGAGAACUUCGUUCAGAGCCGGUCGCUGCGGCGCGCACAGGACGUAAGGAAACAGCUUCUCACCAUCAUGGACCGGUACAAGCUAGACGUGGUAUCAGCAGGUCGCAACUUCAUCAAGAUCCGCAAAGCCCUGUGCUCCCGUCUACAUCCACCCCUCCUCCGCGCUCUUCCAGCGCCAGCCCGACUGGGUUUUAUACCACGAGCUCGUGAUGACCACCGCUCCUGCCCCUCCAUGCGGGCCCCCCUUGCCUCACCCCAUCUCAGGUACAAGCUGGAUGUGGUAUCAGCAGGCAGAAACUUCAUAAAGAUCCGGAAGGCCCUCUGCUCAGGCUUCUUCUUCCACGCGGCACGGAAAGACCCACAGGAGGGGUACCGCAGCAUCGUGGAGAACCAGCCCGUCUACAUCCACCCCUCCUCGGCCCUCUUCCAGCGCCAGCCCGACUGGGUGUUAUACCACGAGCUGGUGAUGACGACCAAGGAGUACAUGAGGGAGUGCACGCUGAUUGACCCGCGGUGGCUGGUGGAGCUGGCGCCGCGGUUUUUUAGGCAGGCGGAUCCCACCAAGCUGAGCAAGAGGAAGCGCCAGGAGCGCAUCGAGCCGCUGUAUGACCGGUAUCACGAGCCCGGCGCGUGGCGGCUGAGCAAGAGGCGGGCGUAA